AUGGUGAAGAAACUUUCAUGGAAUACCAAAACUAAAAGAACACGAAGGGUUAAACCUGUAACAGACUUGAGUAAUAAAAAUGUCGGCAGUUCACAACCAAUAUUAAAUCAGGGAGAGUUUAAUGAGCACAUGUCUGAUUACUUUAUACAUUCCAUGAGUCCAUUGCGUGGCAUUGAUAAUCCAUAUUUCAAAAAAAUGUUUGAUUUCUUACAAAUACAUAGAUCAGGACUGAGCGUCAUGAGCCGGAGAUCUUUGGGACGGCAUAUUCAAGAUAGUCACCAGCGGAUGCUAACUGAUAUAAAAAAACAGUUACAACAUGAGACGAAAGAAGUGUGUACUACAGCUGAUAUAUGGUCCGCGAAAAAAAGGAGCUUCUUAGGAGUGACGUGCCACUGGAUCGAUUCAAACUUACAGAGAAAAUCGCUAACAUUGGCUUGCCGGCGCUUUAGUGGUACUCAUAGUUUUAACAGGAUUGCAUUAUUGCUUGAAAAUAUUCAUACCGAAUUCAACUUAGAUUGUCAAAAAGUUCUGGCCACGGUGACUGAUAACGGCAGCAACUUUGUCAAGGCGUUCAAAGAAUACGGUCUCAAAGAAAAUGAGAUUUUCGAAGAUGAAAUGGAAAAUGAAUCUGACGGCGAUGACGAUCAGUCUGCAGUAAGUAGUACUAGUACUUCACCAAGAAGUGUAUUGCACGAGGCUGGUCCAUCGAAUAUUUCAACAUCAACUGAGGGUGAGGACAUCCCUCAACUACCGGCUCACUUAAGGUGCUCCGCUCACAAGCUAAGUUUAGUUUGUACUACCUAUGCGAACAAAGUUUUGAAAGGAAAUAAUACAUCCCUCUCCAAAAUGCACGACCAAGUUAUGAGGAAAUGCUCCACGUUAUGGAAUGCUGCUAAUCGACCAAAGACGGCAGAAAUCAUACAAAAUAUUCUUGGACACACGCUUUCAAGACCUGGAGUCACAAGAUGGAACAGCGUUUACGACAGCCUGAGACAAAUAGAGAGUAUUCGUACUAAAAGUGCACAACUUCACUUGGCACUGGGUAUAACAAAUUACUUGAGAGAACGGGAUUUUCAGUACAUUGAAGAAUAUUUGAAAUGCUCGCAGCCUAUUGCAGAGGCACUCGACAUUUUACAAGGCGACAAAGACAUCUUUUACGGCAUACUUUUGCCUACAUUACUAUCACUGCGCAGAAAACUGAUAAAAUUGACAAAUGGAAACUUAAUAUAUUGUCAAGCUCUUGCCAUUAAAUAUUUAACAAGUGUCGAGGAGAGGUUUUCUGACUUCUUUGGUUUAUAUACGCCGACUGCAAUUACGGCCGCAAUAGCAGCACUGUCGUAUCCCCGAUUUAAAGAUAAAUGGUUCACUGCCAUUGAUCACCAACACAAUCGCAGGUUAAAAACACUAUUUAAACAAAAAAUUGCAAAUGAAGUACACGAUCAAGAUGAUGGACAAGAAGGAAGCACCAGCACAAAACCAAGUGAAGACGCAUACUUCGACUUUGAAACAGACUCUUCCGAAGGCGAGGGAAUCGGAUCUUCCAUUCGUUCGACAAGACCAGAUAUUUUACUAGCUAACUUUCUAAGCGACGAAGAUAAAAAUAUCUCAAUGUUACGCCGGCACGCUGAAGUCAUGAAUAUUUUCAAAAAGUUUAAUACCCGUAUGCCAUCAUCAGGGCCUGUUGAAAGACUUUUUUCGUACGCAACUAUGAUUAAUCUGCCAAAAUCGCACAGAUUGUCUGACGAAAUGUUUGAGAUGAGGGUAGUGUUAAAGGCUAAUUUAAAGUAA